AUGUAUGGCCAGCAGCAGUACUAUGCGCCUCCGCCAGGCGGCCAGUCCUACCCUCCACCACCCACAUCCCCUCCCGCACACCAACAGCAGCAACAACACUAUCCACCUCCGCCAGGUGGAAAUGCCGCUCCACAACAACACUAUGCGCCGCCUCCUGAGCAACAGCAAUAUGCGCCGCCCCCCGAACAACAGCACUUCCCGCCCCCAGGCCAAGCGCAAUCGCCGCCCCCGCCUUUCCCGCAGCAGCAGCAGCAACAGCCGCCACAACAACAGCCACAGCAACCGAUGAGCCCCGGCUUUGGUGGAUUCCCUGGUGGAAGCCCGAGUGCGACACCGUCAGGGUACCCCGCCGAGAAGACUGGUCAUCCAGGCAUGGGCCACCAGUCGCAGAUGAGCCAGCAGAGCAUACCUCAGCAACCGCAAUACGUGGGCGCGGGUGCGGCAGCACACACAUCACCCGCUAGUGCUUCAGCAGACGACGUGGGGACUUUCAAUGGAGGAAGCUACCGCGUGAGCCACAGGGACACGAACUCCAUUCUCACCGUGCAGUUAGCCAUUGGAUGUCCUUUUACUGCUAAGCCUGGCGCCAUGAUAGCAAUGUCCCACACCAUGACGCUAAAAGGCAACCUGAAGUUCUCCCUCAAGAAAGCCCUCAUGGGCGGCGACAUGUCCAAAUCCACAUACACGGGUCCCGGUGAACUUCUUCUCGCCCCUCCUUCCAUCGGCGACAUCACAAUCAUCAAGCUCGGGGGAAAGGAGACAUGGUCGGUGGGCCGCGACGCGUUUCUGGCAUGCACACAGGGUAUUGUGACGGAGUAUAAGAGUCAGGGAAUUGGUAAAGCCAUGUUCAGUGGUGAGGGACUGUUCGUGUAUAAGAUUAGUGGGACGGGUGUGCUUUGGGUGACGAGUUUUGGCGCGAUUAUCAGGAAGGAUCUCGCUGCUAACGAGAAAUACAUCAUCGACAACGGUCACCUCGUUGCAUGGAACUGCAAAUACGUCCUCGAGCGUGUUGCUAGUGGUGGUAUCAUCAGUAACAUGACGGCGGGUGAGGGCCUUGUAUGCAAGUUCACUGGACCGGGCACUGUCUUCAUGCAGACGAGGAAUGCAGCGGCGUUUGGGCAGUGGUUGGCUGCGAAUGCUGCUGCGCCGUAG